AUGAAAACAACACUUCAUUCUUGGGAUAGUUUCAAACUGAAUCAAAUAUAUAAUAACUAUGAUGUAGUGAAACAGCUGAUAAGAUUUAAUUUUAUAGUCAAAAAUUUUCAGGUUGAAAUUACAUCCCUCCCAAGGUAUGUUUCCCCUGUAAAUCCAGCGGUUUUUCCGCAUCUGACUCUAGUGCUGUUGGGUAUUGGUGUGUUUUUCACCACUUGGUUCUUCGUCUAUGAAGUAACUACCUCAAAACAAUCCAGAAGUCUGAAGAAGGAAAUAGCUGUAUCAAUCGUAGCAUCCCUGUUUUCUGGAUUUGGCAUUUUGUUCUUGUUGUUAUCUGUAGGCAUAUAUGUUUAGAAGAUAUUUUUGUAAAAAGUUUAUUAUUUAAGAUUUCAAUAAAAGUUUUAUAU